AUGUUUGCAACAAUGUCAGAAGAUAUCCAUGAUUCAUGUUCCAAAGGCAAACCCCGACUGCCUAGGUCUCAGGGCAAACACGCAAUGAGUGUCAGUACUGCUGACGCUUUUGCCCUGAGACCGCCAGAAGUUACAAUUGCCGAAAAAAUUAUCAAAACAUCCUUCUCCUCUUCUGGGGAGACCGAGUCGGACUCGUCAGAGUCGGAUUCUUCAGAUUCUCUGGUUGAAGCUCUUGCAGAUUUACAUAAAGACGUUCCUAGGGACGAACUUCUAACAUCUGUCGAGUUGUGUACCGUCAGAGAUUACCAUCGAAUUGCCAAAACAUUGCAGAUGGCGUUUGAGCAAGACCCGUUUACUAACUACAUACUUGGAACUGAAAUGGACGACUCGAAGAGCUCCUUAAAGGCUCGUAAACACAAGACAAAGUUGAUGACUUCGUUCUUCGAGUUUGCCAUAUAUGAGUGUUUCUCGUUGGGAGGUAUAGUUAUAGCAGUGAAAGACCGUGCCUUAGAGGCCGAAAUUGCCAUGAAGGGCUAUAAAGCAUCCCGUGUACCUUUUUUGGGAGUAUCAUGCUGGUACCAUAUGGAAUACGACCACGAUCAGUUAACCUAUAAGUACCCACAAUCGCAUAGCUUUUUAGCUAACAUGCAUCCUACCUCAUUGAAGUUCAACUUCUUGGCCUCGUUAUCACGGUGCAGACUGAAGGUUUUCAGUCCCCUCUUAAACGAUGUGAGAGAUUCCGUAGUCUCGAAGUUGAAUUUGAAUGGAUCGCGCGAUAAUAUGUGGUACUUGGCUGAUAUUGGUACAAUUCCAGCCAUGCGUGGCAAAGGAUUAGCAAAGAAGCUUGUUAGCCAUUUUUGCGAUACUUUUGUCGACGCCUCGCCAAACUCUUGGUGCUAUUUGGAAAGCACGAACCCAGUCAAUAGAAAGUUCUAUGAGAAGCUUGGCUUUGCCGUCGCAAAAACCUUUGAUGUAAACGAAGACGACGACGAAGAUGAAGCCGAUCAUAAACCUAUCUAUAUGGACUCGAUGUUCAGAUAUCCAAAGAUCAUCAAGAGUCACUCCAACGAUAAUCACCAGACAGCGAUACAACGUAUGCUACUUAGUGCUUGA